UUUCACAUAACCUCAAAAAUUUUGCAAGAAUGAAAUCUGAAAUAACAUUAAAUAACUAUUUUAUUUUUAAUUCCACCCUCGGUGUAAAUGAAGGGGAGGAACACAUGAAAAUAUUAUAUUAUUAUCCGAAUAAUCAAGAUUUAGACUUUCAAAUGAAAAGCGUAGGUUUAGUAGAAGCUUUGAUUCAAUUUACAAAUACAUUUAAACCAUCCAGUCCAGUAAAUUCGUUGCAUACGCAAAAGAAGAGGCAAUUAUAUUUCCAACCGGAAGAUAAAUUUUGGAUUGUAUUGACAUUAAAUGUUCCUUAUUCGGAUAUUACAAAAGAUGGUUCAACAACAAGAGAAUAUAUUGAAUCUGAAAUUCAAGAUAAUGUUUAUAAAGCAAUUUUAGAGCAAUCAUAUAAAAUGUACAAGCUUUUUAAUAGCACUUUCCAAAUAUCUUUAGAAAAAUUGGAUGUUAACGGUCUUAAAAGUAAACUACAAAAAUUUUAUGAUACCUAUUUAAAAACGAUCAAAUUAGAUCAAUGUGAUAUAUUAAAUAUAUUCAAUGGGAUCCACUUUUUGCCAUUGGACACCCAAAAUUUUUUAAAUGUUCAAUGUUUUGUAAAUGAAAUGGAAUGUGAGUACCCAAUUAUUAAUCACACUUUAUUCAUGUACAACGAACACGUAAUUUGGAGUGGAAUAGAACCAGAAGAAAUGCAAACUUUGUACCAAUACUUAGUAAAUAUUUUGUUACCAACAUACACUCAAAACGAGCUUCAAGGCGGUUCAAUGCCCCGAAAUCCUUCCUCACCCUUUUCACCCGUUCAUUACGGCCGAUUUGUUAACGUAAAAAGUACCGAUUGCGUUGGAAAACUUCCAAAAAUCGUUUUAACAAAAAAUAAUGAAUCAACUUACUACAACAUGUUAAUUUAUCGCACUUUAAGCGCAUCUAUUUGUUUAUUUAUCGAAGAUGGACAAGAAGUAACCGGCCAAAUUAUAAAAUCCCUCGAAGAAUUUAUGGGUCCAAAACUUGUUGGGAUCGUUUCCGAUAUCGCCGAAUAUUACUCGAAACAAAACGCAUCCUCCGCUUUGAUGGCAAAUACAAGUUUUGAAGUUUCACCGAAAUACAUUUAUUUUAAUAAAAUGAAUUUGGCUUAUAAAAGUACGACCCAUCUUGAUAAAAUUCAAACCGGUAAUUUGUCUUGUCCGAAAGAUUGCGUUAAAAUAAUGGCUGAUAUAUGCGCGAGGAAAUCGGUUGAUGAUUAUGCAAGUGAAACUAUUGUGAAAACUUUAAAUGAUAAUUGGAUUAUUGGAAAACGGUCGAAUUUAAGGGAGUUUUAUGUUGCGCUUCAACAAAAAGAUGCUAAUAUUAAAGAUAUUAGUGGUGAAGUUAAAAAAUUAAGCGAAAAUCAACUCAAAGGUAUAUUCUUCCACAAUUAGAAAAUAAACAACACAAAUUAAUGAAAAAAAUCUUUAUUGAUUCAACUAAUUAUAAUAUAAAACAUAAAA